AUGAGGGUGUCUGUGGAGGACGUCCUGAAGAAUCCCAAAUGGCCCCAGUCUUGGCCAUACUCGUCAAAGGACUUUUCUAGAACGGAUGAGAGCGAGGAUGAAUACUUCUAUGACACUCCGCGUCUGGUGUACCAUAUCGAUGAUAAAGCCAUCGCUGCGCUUACAGAUUAUUAUGCGAAGACUAUACCGGAGAAGAGCGACAUUCUGGACAUUUGUUCGAGCUGGGUAUCUCAUUUUCCCAAGGACUUCCCGCAGAAGAUGGGAAAGAGGGUAGGAUUGGGGAUGAACCAGUUUGAGCUGUCGAAGAAUGAGCAGCUCUCAGAGUUCGUCGUGCAGAACUUAAACAAGAACCCAAAGUUUCCCUUCCCGGACAACUCGUUCGAUGUCGUGACAUGCGUGGUGAGUGUGGACUACCUCAUCAAGCCCUUGGAGAUUUUCCAAGAAGUGUCUCGCGUCCUCCGACCGGGAGGACGUUUCAUUAUCAGCCAAUCAAACAGGUGUUUUCCCAGCAAGGCAAUCAGAAUCUGGCUGGACACGAACGACCUGGAGCAUAUCUUUAUCAUCGGCUCGUACUUUCACUACGCUGGAGGCUUCAACCCUGCUCAAGCAUUCGAUAUCUCCCCGAAGAAGAGCAUCUUCUCCCCCCCGUCAGAUCCCAUGUACAUCAUCCAAGCCGAGAAGAAGCUGAUUUGA